AUGACUCGUUCUUGGCGAUCUAAUCUCAAUCUCCUGUUCCUAUCUCUGCUGUUCACGUUCCUUGUAUUGGGUGGAGUGAACGUAUCCGCGACCGAGCUGGAUGAUAGUUCGACACCUGCCAAAUCAUCAUCAGGAGAAGGGAUCCUCGGAACUGUCAAACAUAUAUAUAAAGUAGCUGUCAAUGGACCUGAUCCGAAUUUCAUAUAUGAGAAAGAUGCGGAAGAUGGGAUUGAACGAUUGACGGAUGAUAAUUAUGUUGAGAAGGUUCAACGUCCUCUAGCGCUGAGUGGAGAGAGGAAAGAUGAUGAACUUUGGGUCGUCCUAGUCCACGGUAAAUCUACAGAUGCAGCUUCGAACAUUCUAUUAGAUUAUCACAAGCAAGCUUCCGACCUGGUUAAAGCGGAUCCUGAACUGGAGAAUGUAAAAUUCGCAAGAUUGGAUUAUAUAACAGCUUGGAAGACUUGUACGAGGUGGUUACUGAAUAGACCACCAUAUUUGAUAUUCAUCAGUUCAUCAGGUAGACAACUUCGAUUCGUUCCCACCCAAUCAUUAGGUAAAGAACCGGAAAGAUUAUAUAAAGUGAUCAAAGAGAAGAUGUAUGAAGUGAUAUUACCUUGGGAUGGAAGAUGGUCACCUACUGGAGAUCGAUCAUAUUUGAUUGAAUAUUACAUUCGAGCUCAUGAAACAAUUUCUAAAUAUACGAAUGGGAUACCCAAUUGGAUGAUCCUUGCUUUUACGGGGAUAGUAACUCAACAAUUGAUGAGUUGGUUACAUGGUCCAUCUACACCUGCUCGUGCUCCUGGUGCUGGUGCCACGCAGGUGAGGAGGGAAGAGAGGGUGUUGGUAAGAGAAGAAAAAAGGAAUUGA